UGGCGUGCAGAAUGUGUCCAGUGUUGUUCAGUAUUACUAUCCAAUAUCCAUACAUUGUUUGUGUAUUUCUGAAAUUCACUUACUUUUGAUUUAUUUGUGUAUGUAUUUUAUCUUCCAUGAAAGAUUAAUAAUAUUGCGAUAUUGUUAAGAAAUAAACGAUACAAAAAAUAGAAUUAAGUUGCAAUACAUCCAUUAUUCAUUUUACAAUUCUUAAAGUUAAUACCAGAUUUUACCUAACCAAAAAAACUUCAGGAACAAUUUGUCGGUCCAUGUGAAUUUCGUAUAUAGAAAAUGUGGAAAUGAUAAAAUUUAUAAAUUUACAACUUUAAUUUUAUAUAUCAAACCUGUAACCUGAGCCGGUUAGAUUAGUGUAUACGAUUUUUAUUUCUUUUAAUCUGGAAGUUACUUCGAUAAGAAGUGAAAGAAAUAGCAAAAUGAACAUUUUGCCAGGGACAGCGUCUCUUCUUGAAGAACUUGAUAAGAAAUUUAUGGUUUUACUAAGAGAUGGUAGAACAUUAAUUGGAUAUCUUAGAAGUGUUGAUCAGUUUGCUAAUAUAGUACUUCAUCGUACAAUUGAAAGAAUUCAUGUUGGCAAGGAGUAUGGAGACAUCCCAAGAGGAAUUUUUAUUGUGAGAGGAGAAAAUGUAGUGCUUCUAGGAGAAAUAGACAGAGAAAAAGAAAGAGGUUUACCAUUAACUGAAGUGUCUGUAGACGAUAUUUUAGAUGCUCAAAGACGUGAACAAGAAUUAAAACAGGAUCGGAGGCGAUUGGUAAAUAAAGCUUUAAAGGAACGACAUCUAUCGCACAUUCCAGAUAUGGGUAAUGAUGAUGUGUUUUGACUUACAUCUACAUCAUUAACUACUACCACUUUAUCAUCCACAUCUUCACAUACAUGAUUUUGAAAGCUAACAGUUUCUUUUUGACGAUAUGUAGUAUGACAACCUGUAAAGUAUAAGUAUAUUGUACUACUGUAAGGAUAGUAAUUAUUUCUAAUAUUGUUUAAUUUUCUUACAAAAUCGUUAUAGUACAAUUCGAAUUAAUGCAUAUAGCACUAAAAUGAACUAUUGGUAACAUCAGUAACAACAAUUUCAACACUUUUAGUCUUAUUAUAUGAAUCCUGUAUCUAGUGUGGCGAAUAUUCGCAUUAUAAAUGUAUCAUAUUUUUCGGAACUAUCUAAUUUUUCUUCUAUAUGAAAGUAUUGAUAUUUAAAUAGAAAUUUAUUGUAAUACAUGUAUAGUCUUUUUAUCAUACAUAUUGAACCUGUAAGUAAAACAUGUUAAUUACAUUUACAAAUUAUUAACAAUUGUAUAUUUUUUUAUGAUCAGUUUUACAUACCUGUCUUUUCU